CCCGUGAGGUGGCUGAAGGGCUGGGGUGAUGGGAACGAGACCAUCUAUGACCAGAGGUUCUCCAUCCCCCGCUUGACGAGGGCUGUGAGUGAGUCCAAUACAGACUUCAGCAUCCGCAUCAGGGAUGCUCGCCCCGAGGACGCCGGCACCUAUUACUGCGUGAAGUUCAGGAAAUCUGUGGUCGGUGAUGAGGUGUUUGCACGUGGAAAGGGCACGGAGGUGUCCGUACGUG